AUGGAUGUGUUUGCCUCGCAUCCUGGGAUGCAGCUUGCCGGCAGCAGCGCAGGUGUCCUUGCGCUGCCAGCCGCAGGCUUGCGAAAUCAGACGCUUGGGAGCCCGCCCUGCGCCGAGCAAAUAGGCCCGGAGGUUCAGAUCUUCAGUUCUUCGCUGGGCGCCAUGGGAUCCCUUCUUGCGAAGCUCCGUUCCCUGCUGGUCUCUGCAGAGGAUCAGCUGCCAGAGCCGUUGAAGUCACAGAAGGACAGCCUCGAGCUCCUCAGACAAGAUCUCGAAGCAAUAAACACCUUCCUCGUGAAUCUGUCAUGGGUGGAAACUCCCAACAUGAUGGUGAAGCACUGGAUGAACGAGGUGCGUGAUCUGUCCUACGAUAUCGAGGAUUACAUUGACAAGACGAUGCACCCCGGCCACAUUUCUAGGGAAGAGCCUCGUUCUGAUUCUGAGGUGGAGGAAUUAAGCACUCUCGUGAAGCAGGCCAAGGACGCCCACGAACGGCACAACAGGCUGGUUCCAAGGCUCGACGGGGACGCCACAGAUCUUGUUGGUAUCGAUGAUUCCAAGGCUGAACUUAUCAAGAGGCUUAACAUUGACGCCGAACAGAGGCUAGUAAUAUCCAUACAAGGACCUCCAGGUGUUGGGCCGCCAUCAAAGACCCCUCAUGGUCUCCCCGUGCAAGAGCUCCUUGACAUCCUAAGAACACAUCUCCAACAAAAGAGGUAUUUCAUUGUAAUAGAUGGUUUGUGGGAAACAACAUCAUGGGAUAUUGUUAUCAGCGCAUUUCCAGAGGACACUCAUUGUAGCAGAAUAUUAAUAACUACAGAUAUUGAGGAAGUAGCUCUGGAGUGCUGUGAUUAUGAACCCGAUGCUAUUUUUAAGAUGGAGCCACUUAGUGGAAAUUACUCCACAGAAUUGUUCUUCAAUAGACUGUUUGGUUUUGAACAUGAGCUCUCUAAACAAUUGAAGGAAAACUCAGAAGAAAUUAUAAGAGCAUGUGGUGGUCUGCCUUUCGCGACCAUUAGCGUAGCUACCAUUUUAGCUGGCCAACCAGAUAACUUAGAGCUGUGGCAACAUGUCAAAGAAGCAUUAUUUUCCAGAUUGGGAUAUAAUAAUCUUACUUCGGAAGUCAUGCUAAGAGAAAUAAUAGGUCUGAGCUGCAAUAGUCUUCCUCACCAUUUGAAGACAUGUCUGCUAUAUCUUAGUAUGUAUCCUGAGGGUUCUACAUUCUUGAAGGCUGACUUGGUGAAACAAUGGAGUGCCGAAGUUAUUAGGACCAUGUCCAUAGAAGAGAACUUCAGCACUGUGAUAGACUACUCCAAUACCAUCUCAGAGCUUUCUGUAAAGGUUCGACGACUAUCUCUCAGGUUCAGUAGUGCCAAAUAUGCAACGAAACCAGAAAGCAUUACACUAUCCCCUGUGCAAUCACUUAUCUUUUAUGGACUUGUUGAGUGCCUCCCUUCGAUUAUGGAGUUUGAGGUACUUCGAGUUCUUAUUCUUGAAGUUUGGGGUGACAAAGAAGAGGUAGACCUCAGUGGCAUCGAUAGAUUGUGUCAGCUGAGGUACAUGCGGAUUACGUCUAACAUCAAUGUGAGACUACCAGCCAGGAUGAUUGGACUGCCAUAUUUGCAAACAAUGGAAAUUUAUGCAAGAGUAACUUCUAUUCCAUCAGAUAUUAUCCAUCUCCCCAGAUUGCUGCACCUCUGUGUACAUGGUGAGAUAAAUCUGUCCUAUGGUAUUGGUCACACGAGAUCUCUGCGCACACUUCAGUCUUUCGACCUCAGCAGUAACUCUGCAGAUAGUAUAUGGCAACUUGGUGAGAUGAAGGACCUGCGUGAUCUUCAUGUCACCAGUGCUACAGAAAUGUCUGACCCUCUGAAGAAGUUGAUAGCUUUCCUUUUUUCCUUUGGGAAACUUGGCAAUCUAAAAUCUAUAAUUCUUGCUCCUGCUCCUGCUGCUUCAUGCACAAACAUUUACUUGGAUUGCUCAUGGAGCACAUCUCCUCUGUCCAUCUUCAUUCAGAGACUUGAGUUGUUGCCGCCCUUUUGCAUCUUUUCAAGACUCCCUGUAUGGAUUGGACAGCUCCGGAAGCUAUGCAUUUUGAAAAUUGUUCUUAGGGAAUUGACGACUGGUGAUGUUGACAGCAUCGCCCAAUUACAGGAACUCACCAUUCUCUCUCUGUAUGUCAGGCAACCAACCGCAGAACAGAUUGUCUUCCAUCGUGCAGCAUUUCCUGUUCUUAAGUUUUUCAAAUUCAGAUGUGGCAUUAUGCGCAUUGCUUUUCAGCCAGAAGCAAUGCCUUGGCUUCGAGUCUGA